AUGUCACAAUUUUCUGAAAAAGAUUUCGAUGCUAUCAAUUAUGCUGACUUCCGUCCAACUUAUUCAAUUGAGUUUUAUAAAAAGAUGAAUGAAUAUCAUGAAGGUGAAAAGAAUCUCUUGAUUGAUGUUGGCUGUGGUCCAGGUACUGCUACGUUGCAAUUAGUCAAUUUGUUGAAAUUUAAAAAAACUAUUGGCACUGAUAUUUCUAAACCUAUGGUCGAUGGUGGUAAUAAUUUGAAACAAAAAGAUUCUAAUGUAGAAUUUUUAGUUUCUAGUGGUGAAGAUUUUCAAUUUUUAGGAGAAGAAUUCAAUGCAAAAAAAGUUGAUAUGAUUACAGCCGCUGAAUGUGUUCAUUAUAUUGGAUUUAAUAUUUUCCAAGAAAAUUGCUGGAAAAAUUUAAGAAAAAACGGUACUUUGGCUAUUUGGGGCUAUGUAAAUCCAACUAUUGCUGGACACCCAAAGGUGGAUAAGAUUUCCUUUGAUUAUUUUUAUUCUGCUGAUAAGUUUGGACCUUAUUGGCAACAACCAGGUGGAAAAAUCAUUAGUAAUCUAUUGCAAGAUUGCAAAUGGGAUGAAACAAAAUACAAGGAUAUUAAAAAUGUUGUUAUGUUUGCAAGAGAUUAUGGUACAGGUGUUAAUGAAGAUGAAUUGUACUUCGGCUGCUCUUCAACUCCCGAGGGACUAAGACGUUAUUUCACUACAACAAGUUUCUAUCAUGGGUGGAAGAAAGAUCAUCCAAAUGAAAAAGAUCUAAGUGAAUCAUUUUUGGAAGAAGUAUUGGCCGCUUGUCCUGAUUUAAAAGCUAACUCAAAAGUGCAAAUCGUUUUUGAUACUUUUUAUAUGUUUGCCAGAGCAAUUUAA